UUGGCACACUAAACAACGCUGGUGUGUCUGGAAGAGGAAUAAACUAAACGCUGGAGUAGUCAAAAGUUCUCGCCAAUAUUGAUCUAUUUGAUCAAAAGACGGUUACGGUGUUACUCAUAGGUAUUUUUCGUAUAUUCAUUUGUCAAAGGGCGGUUUCCACUGGUGUGUUAAACGUGAAUAAAACGUGAUGUUAGUGCACGGCAAUCAUGUGGUACCUUGGAGCUCAGCGCGGGAAUGGUUUACGGUUCGAGAUCAGAUCUUAAGUUUGAAGCCCGAAAAUUUAGAAAAAGCCCAGGCCUCGUUAAUUGUGUGGAUCCUUCGCUGCGACGUUAAACGUUGUCCGCCAUAUGUUGAAGCCACCGAACAUCUCAUUCGAGCCUUUGUUCUUGAUGCUAGAUGCUCGACGCCAAUUGAGAAUGGACAACUCGUUGAAACGUUUAGCGGGGCGAUCAACAAAUUUGUACAGUUGUUUCUUGAGCGUCGGCAACACAGUCAUGCCAAUCAAACUGAGUAUCUAAGUAACAAGCAAUUAGCUGAGAAGCUAGACAUUCCUAUUUGGAUAAUUGACGUACGUAACGACUGCACACAUCAUUUUCGCAGUUCUUUGUCUCUUCUACGACAGGUAUCUAACAUACUAAUCCAGUGGUUAGUGGAAACAUAUUGGAAGCGUGACGAGCCAAUUGUUACUACCCAUUCGAAAAGCUCCGAAGAAACCUUAAACUUUAAGGAUGUUUUGAAAGAGUAUCUUGAGCUGGCUAUGACGUGCGGACGGGGAACUGACGACAAGCAUAUUCAUUCUCUGCUCGAUCAGCUACGGACUGCUAUAACUACUGACGCCGCGGCUUUUGUCAAACAUAUCGCGGAAGCAGAACUGCUCGUCACGACCAAAGAGGAAGACGCCGAACAGCUGAAGAUGACCGCGGUUCCUUUGGCUAUGCGACGAACUUGGUUACCAAUUUUCCACCUAUUACAGGAUCGAGUGACGCUGUUAUUUAUCGAAAUUCUGGGACACUAUAAGUUGCCUAAGGUGAUUAUGUCGGGUCAGGCUAUUAAUCCGCAGAUGCGUCUCGUAUUGCUGUGGCUGCAGUUCCUUCUCUCUGAGAUCGCUGUUUUUAACGGUGAUUUUAUGGCUUCGUUCCUCAACACUGCACAGCUGAUCUGUCCUGCUGGCCUCGUUUGCUCUACGUCGACGAAGUCGAUACUAAAGCUCGUUCUUGAUCGCGCCGAUCCACCAAUUUCCCCUGAAAAACGGGGAAAGAUUCUUGAGGUGUACAGAUUAUUUGAAGGAAAAGGGGAGCUAAAUCCUCCUGUUGAACUGAAAGCGUUUAAGAUGACAACGUUAGAUGAAGCGUUACAGCAGAAGACAGAAAGGCAAAUGCUUCUCGGCACGUACGUACCGGAAAGUAUCGAUAUGUCCAAUAGCGAUAUAGGGGUGAUGCCAGGCUGCCAUGGGGUGGGCGAUCUUCGUUUAAAUUUUGAUGUCACAGACUUCGUACCAUUUGCUGUGGUGACUCCAGCAGAGCAAAUAUGCGAAGAAGCUCGUCGACUAGUCCAGGAAACGGCCGAAGAAGAAGAGAGCAACGCCGUCAUUCCUGAGUUGGACGUCUCGGUUUAUUACCAGAGGCGAAAGCACGUCCUUAGCGGACAUGUGUUUUGGAAGAACGUACCAAAUUCCACUCAGCAUGAUUCUAGCGGUAACUGUUCUGGUUUAAGCGAUGAUAUUGGUAUUUAUAACGAGGGCACAAUAUACUGCUAGUAACGCGCUGCUAAUUAUACGCGCUUAAUGGAACCAUUCUUUAUUCAACAUUAGUUAAUUAUUUAGUGCGGAAGAAGCCUUAACUUCACAGAAAUAUUGACUGGCUACUACGUUCCUCAUAUUUAUAGAAAAAAUUGUAGGUACCUAUAAUGGUGAUAGUAGAUUCAAUGUCAGACAAAAUCUCAUCGAGUUGAAACCUAGGUAUAAUUUGCUAGAGCGGACCUGCCUUUGUCGACUUCCUCAACAGUAAUAAAGACUACGUUGCUCUCGAAUUUCGCGUCAAAGGCUUAUCUUGUCGAACGAAAAAUUACUUCGGUAAACCGAAGAAUAUUAGUUCUAGUUGUACGUACAUUGAAAGAAUGGACUACACUUUAUUGAGCAUAUAAUUUUGUAUAUUUACUUAGUUACAUCAAUAUUAUUUAUGUCUAUAAAGCAAGUGUAAUAGUUACGUAUCGAGCCCAAUGUAAACUAAUCUAAAUCGAUAUAAAAUUGAUGAGAAAUAUGAAUAAAGCUUUCCUAUUAUGACAGUGUCUUUUUUCAUAUUUCUAAAAGGAACUUUAACUUUUUAAGGCGUUUACUAAUUGGUAUACUUACUAAGGGUGUCCUACCUUUAUUGAGAAUACGAAAUUUGCUGUUUUUGAUGAAGCCUUUUUAGUCUGCUUAAAACUUUUGAUUAAGUCUACAUACGCGACUAGUGGAUGAACAGUGUUCAUCUUGGCGCCUUAUCCAAAAGACUGGAAUUUGAUUUUCUUUUGUAAGCGAGGUUUAUAUGCAGAACUAAAACACUUUGUCCAGCUACGCCUUUGUGAGUUUCAACUUACUUAUUUUUUAAAAUUAACUAAUCAUGGCUGUUAUUCCUACAAUACUAUAAAGAGGAUUUCAAGUGUAAAACUAACGAACAAACGAGUAAACGUAUAAAAGAGAUUGAACUACACUGAAAAAGACCUAAAAAGAACCUAGUGUAUUAAGCCAGUGAAAGCUUCGUUUUUCAGGCUUUGUAGGGUUUCCGUGAGUUAUUAAUGUAUAUCAGCACAAUCAAAAGUGUUCGUAACUUUACAAAAAACACACAAUGAGCCUAUAUCUGACUUAUCUUUCCUAGAGUGCUAUCUUUUUACAUACCGCAAUAUACGGUUACACUCGUUUAAACUAUUUUAGAGGCUCACUUAGCUGCAAAUGCUAGUAUAAUUAUACGCCGUGUUUUUGUUUAAUAGCGUUUGUAUUUGUAGCAGAAGCGUAGCGCUUGUCAUAAUAACAUAUAUUCAUGGUUGUUGCGUUCUACCAAGCAUUGUACCUACAACUGAACCAACAAGUUACUUUCUGUGCAUCAUGAACUCGAUGUUUUUAAGCAAAACUGAGUUUUGCACGACCGAAGUUGCAUAAACUGCCCGUCAGGAAAAAAACUCUAUGCGUCUAAGUUGAGCAUUUUAAAUAGUAGCUGCCUCCACGCGAAUGCGCCAAUGGACAACUGAUGGCGGUCUGAAUCGGACCGCCACGUGAAUUGCGAAUUUUAAAACGCUCUGCAUCGGCUGGCGUCAGCAGCGAUAGCCAACCAACAAUCAGUCUGGUAAUACGGCAUUAUUAUAGUUAACAACUCGUAAGUUUAUAGUUAAGUUAUUUGACGUAACGUUUAACGACGGUAUCGGACGUAAUGUUCAACGCAUUUUAUUUAAGGACCAGUGAUGAAACCUAUUCGAUGAAUAGCUACUUUGCCAGUGUUUAGCUAUCUGUAUUUAUCAAAUAUAUACACGUAUUAUCUGUACAUCAGUUAGAACAAAAGACUUAUAUAAUUUUAUUGCAAAGGGUUGGAACGGAACUCCAAUUGGUAGCCGAGAGAUUUAGGUUCUCGUAUUUGUUUACAGUUCCAAUCGAAAUUUGGGUUUACACUUGUUUCGUACGCCCAAUUCAUACUACAGUUUGGGCAUUUUUAGGUAACUGAGUUAUACAGAUCAUCUAUAUACAGCACAUUUCCUUGAAAGAGUUGUGCGGAAGAUGAAGCCUAGAGAACAAUGUAAAUUUAAUUUACCGUAAACUGGUAAAUACUAUUGUAAAAUUUACUUACUUAUUUACCAAUUUUACCGACUUAAAGUCUUCGGUAACUUAUUGGUUCAACUCAAGAUGCUCCUUUAGAACGUGUCGACUGGGCUAAUUUAUGGUCAGCUAAGGUUUAUUGUGGAAACUUUAACUUAUUACAGUUUGUCCUGAAAACUGCUGUGCGGAAUAUGAAUCUGCCUAGGCAAAUACUUUGUUCAUUGAAAAAAAGGGUUUACUUUUCUGAAUUUAGUUGCUUUUAACGGAAGACUAGUAACUUCUUUCUUAUUCCCACAUUUGAAGAUAACGCGGCAGGACCAAUUGCAAACACCAAGGCGGUUACGAGCAUCGCCCGUGCUUAAAUGUUAUCAAAUGUACAAAUGUAUAUUUCUGUGACAACUGUUGUGCAAAUAAGUGUCCUCAACGUGUAUUGCAUGAAAAACUGUGCUUAAGCUAUGUUUUGAAAGUGUCUUUUAGGUUUAGACCCUAUCAAGAUUCUUCUUUGAUAACUAGCCGUCUUUCGACGUUACUUCUAAAAUAUGAUUUGCUUUGUAUCUCUAUGAAGUCAUAUAAAAUGUACUUAAUGGCAAAAGAUUUAAUAUGUUCUGCUACUAAACUUUGUCUUUUUGUUUUUUGGUUUGUGUGUCAAAUAC